CGUGCCCGCGGUGGGUGUGGCUGUGUGCGUGCAAGUGUCCGUGCCCAUGACGUACUCCCACCCCACCUUUCCAGCUGAAGGCUUUCCCUGCGUGCCCGCGCUUCCGCCAUGUUGUUGUGGUUGUGAGGAGGAAGGAAGAACCCUGAGCUCGGACUGACAGCAACCGACAACGGGGAGGGGGGGGGCGAGACCGCUGACACCGGGGACUUCAUCCCUCCGAGCCGCACGAUCCUGUGGUAAAAUGUAUUAAAGGAAGUCAUUUCCCAAUUGGCAGACAUUCUUGCAGGAAAAUUCUGUGUGGUGGAGAGGCCUCGGGAAAGAGCAGUCAUCCACCAUUACCUUCCAUAUUUGUUCUGGAUAAAACAUGGAUGAAGAAAGUCAAAGCAGUCUAGAAUGUAUUCAAGCAAAUCAGAUUUUUCCUCGCAAGCAGCUGAUCAGAGAAGAUGAGAAUCUUCAGGUUCCUUUUCAAGAGUUGCAUGGUGAGAGCACGGAAUUUGUUGGGCGGGCAGAGGAUGCGGUCAUUUCUCUUUCCAACUAUCGUCUGAACAUCAAAUUUAAGGAGUCCUCUGUCAAUGUUCCGCUGCAGCUGAUAGAAUCUGUAGAAUGUCGUGAUCCCUUUCAGCUCCAUUUGACCUGCAAGGAUUGCAAAGUAAUUAGGUGCCAGUUUUUCAACUUUGAACAGGUUCAGGAAUGGCAGAAACGUCUCAAUGCUACCUUGCGCCCACCUAGUCGUAUAGAAGAUCUCUUCUCUUUUGCUUACCAUGCUUGGUGCAUGGAGGUUUAUGCUAGUGAAAAAGAACAGCAUGGAGACCUAUGUCGGCCAGGUGAUCAUGUGAUAUCUCGCUUUAAGAAUGAAGUGGAACGGAUGGGAUUUGAUAUGGAUAAUGCAUGGAGAAUUUCUAACAUCAAUGAAAAAUUUAGGUUGUGUUCUAGCUAUUCACAAGAACUGAUUGUUCCUGCAUGGAUAACAGACCCCGAAUUGGAAAGUGUUGCCAGUUUUCGCUCUUGGAAACGUAUUCCUGCAGUAGUGUACAGGCACCAGAGUAAUGGAGCUGUUAUUGCCCGCUGUGGGCAGCCUGAGGUUAGUUGGUGGGGAUGGAGGAAUGCAGAUGAUGAGAAUCUUGUUCAGUCCAUAGCCAAGGCAUGUGCAAUUGACAGCAGUAGAAGCAGUUCAGACAAAUUGGCCAAUGGCUCAUGUUCCCGUAGCCACAUCAAUGGAGGCGUGCUUACAGAUAUUGAUUUUGAUUCCUCUUUGUCUAAUGUACCCCCAUCUUCUGAGAGUCAGCCACAAAAGCUGUUGAUCCUUGAUGCACGGUCCUAUGCUGCUGCAGUGGCUAACCGUGCCAAAGGUGGAGGCUGUGAAUGCCCAGAGUAUUAUCCCAACUGUGAAGUAGUGUUUAUGGGAAUGGCUAAUAUACACUCCAUCCGCAAGAGCUUCCAGUCUUUACGGCUGCUAUGCACUCAGAUGCCGGACCCAGCUAAUUGGCUUUCUGCCUUGGAGGGAACAAAAUGGCUUCAACAUCUCUCUAUGCUGCUAAAGGCCUCUUCAUUGGUAGUGCAUGCUUUGGAUCGUGAUCAACGACCAGUCCUUGUGCACUGCUCAGAUGGAUGGGACCGCACUCCUCAGAUUGUUGCUCUCUCCAAGCUCCUGUUGGACCCUUAUUACAGGAGCAUUGAGGGUUUUCAAGUGUUGGUGGAGACAGAGUGGCUAGACUUUGGGCACAAGUUUGCUGAUCGCUGUGGACAUGGGGAAAAUUCUGAAGACCUGAAUGAGCGCUGCCCAGUCUUCCUACAGUGGUUAGAUUGUGUUCACCAGUUACAGAGACAAUUCCCUUGUUCUUUUGAGUUUAAUGAGGCUUUUCUGGUGAAAUUGGUGCAGCACACCUAUUCCUGUUUGUUUGGGACUUUUCUUUGUAAUAAUGCCAAGGAAAGAAGUGAAAAACAUAUUCAAGAGCGAACAUGCUCAGUGUGGUCACUUCUUAGAGCUGGAAACCGUUCCUUUAAGAAUUUGCUGUAUUCUUCUCAAUCAGAAAUUGUGCUGUAUCCUGUAUGCCAUGUUCGCAAUCUAAUGUUGUGGAGUGCCGUCUACCUCCCGGGCUCCUCCCCAUCUACACCAAGUGAAGAAUCCUGUACCCCAUACCCAGCACCUGGGUCUGCUGCAGAGGAGCCACCUCUGUGCAGGUUACCCAAGACCCGAUCUUAUGAUGACCUUCCAACUGCCUGUGACAUAAGCGUACCCUGUGUGAAUAGGCGCAGCAGUGACCCCAGUCUAAAUGAGAAGUGGCAGGAGCAUAGACGUUCUUUGGAACUGAAUGGCUUAGCAAAUUCUGCAGAAGAGUGCCAAGAGGGAGAGAGACUACUGCUGGGGGCUCAGUUUUCCAUUGCUGCUGGUGUUGGGGAAGGGCAAAUGGAAAAUAUACUUCAAGAAGCCAGCAAAGAGGAGGGGGGAGGAGAAGAGCAGAAUGGAAAACUUGUGAAUGGGGAGGAAGAGGCUGAGGUUGAAGAAGGAGAAAAAACUGUGGGAAAUGAGGAGGAGGAAUCUUAUGUGAAUAGUAGUGCAUCAAAGAGUGCGGACAAUACAGGGAAAACUGAUGAGGAAGGGGAAAACCUAAAAUCUACUGGUGGACAGUUAUGUACAGAGUUUGAUCAGCCACCUUGCGAAACAGCUUUUUCUACCCAAUCUGAAAAAGAGGGGGUUGCUACUUUGGUAUGUGAGGUAGAAGUAAGUCAGAUUGUUAGACAGCAGUCUUCUGAUAACUCUGAUCCAGAGGAAAGUGAAAAACAUGAUUCAGACUUAACAAAAGGGGAAGACCAGUGUUUUUCUAGUUCUCAAAUCUCACAGCAGUUGCCACAGCACCUUGCUCUUGAAGACUCCACAGAAACUUUAGUAGAUGAUGUUUCAACUACUUGGCCAUGCAAGCUAGACCAUGUGACAGCAGCAAAUGAACUUUCGCUGAAAUCAGAACAUGUGUCAGAUGAGGGCAUACUUCUGAUGGGUUUGAAGGGGUUGCAAAACCAUAAUGAAAGGACGCAUUCUUCUUAUCCCCCUAUUCAUAGUGCCUUUCCCCCUGCUGAAUGCAACACACAAAAUUUGUGUAAUAGGGACCAAUCUUCCCCUCCUGUCGUUGAUGGACUAUGUCUUAGUGUGGACAAUCGUCGGGGGAAGCAGAUACUCUCAAGGCAGAACUCUAGUUCAAACAACCCCCAGAUCCACCUCAGAAACAUCCCACACAAGUGCCCUUUGCAUGGUUGUGGAAGACACCGGAUUGGGAGUACCCCGGAGCAACCAGCCCGCAAUCAUCUGGAUGAUGAUGGGAUGCCUUUGUAUGUGGAUGCCAUCCAGCAGAGAUUGAGGCAGAUGGAAAGUGGUCAUCAGCAGGAAGUAGAAACUCUAAAGAAGCAAGUGCAAGAGCUUCGUUGUCGGCUUGAAAGUCAUUUACAAAAUGGCCCUCUGCGUUUCAAUGGAGAUUAUACAGAUGAGGUGACCUCAAUUCCUGACUCUGAAAGCAACAGGGAUCCUAGCUGUUUAUCGGGCUGCAGUACAGAACUCUUCUCAGAAGCUAGCUGGGAGCAGGUGGACAAACGGGACACAGAGGUGACAAGAUGGCUUCCAGACCAUUUUGCCCCUAAUUGUCAUAACUGUGACGGCAAGUUCUGGUUGGCAAGCAGAAAACACCAUUGUAGGAAUGCAGAAGCCGGGGCCGAAACGUGGAAUUGUGGAAAUGUUUUCUGUUCAAGCUGCUGUAACCAGAAGGUCCCUGUUCCAAGUCAGCAACUAUUUGAGCCCAGCCGCGUGUGCAAGUCAUGUUACAACAAUCUUCACUCCAGCUUGGAACUGGAAAACCCAAUUACAGCUUCUUCUAACUAGGCAAUCAUCCUUCCAGAUAGGCAGAGCAAGACCGCUUAGCCCACCCUCCGAUGCUGCUGGAAGAACAAGCUUUGGAAGAUGGGAUGCUAACAUGGAGCUGUCUUCUUUUUUUUUUAUUGACUGCCAUGUAUCUUUUCUGCAUUCUACAUCCUUUAUUUUCUGUCUUAUGUAGGAGCAGUUGAUGUGGAGAGACGACAUGGAACCUGAGCUUUCAUUUUUGCUUUGGAAGCUGCAGACAUUCAGUAUAGGACUUCUAGAAGGACAGUUGAGGCCUCCUUUAACACCAUGUGUAAUAUAUAACAUGAGCCCAGCAGCAGUACAUUGAGUUAUGUCUACUGCAGAGAGGUCACACAAAAUAUGAUACCAAGGUGCCCAAAUCCUUUAUUAAAUGUAUCCCUACUUAGCCACAAGAUGAUGCUAGUCUGAUUAUUAAGUUAGGAGAAGAGGCUGAAAUUGCAUCUAUGUCUUCUUCAUCAAUAUAGUUCUAGCUUUACCCCAGUCUGUGAUGUCUAGUUCAGGCCUCUGUUUUUCAGACUCUGAGAAGCAGUACUAGGCUGACCUGUAACUGUAUGUACUGUAGACAUUGUUUGACAAAUACAAUUGACCAAGCUUAUUGUCUGAUAUUUUAUUUCUUUUAAGCACAUUCACUGGUUGGCACAUGUUCAUAAUUACAUGGGUUGUAAUUGUGCCCAUGUUCUUACAUUGGCUAUAACGGAUUGCUUGGUGGCAUUGGAGGAUGAGAUGAUUGACAGAAUCAUUCUACUAUACGGCACAAUGAUGUUUGGAUCAUUUCUGCCAGGAAAGCGUAUUGCACAAGUAAAACAACUGAAAUAAUAAUAAUAAUAAAAAAAAAAACUAAA